AAGAAUGUAUGCGCAAAAUUCCACGAAUAACGAGGGAGACGCCUGGAAAAUUUUCACGAAAUUGUAAUCUGGUGCAAAGAGAGUGGUGAAAAGAUGCCUUUUGGUCUCUCUCCAGAGGACAAAGUAGCCAAAGCUACUGAAGAGUAUGGUCAACAACUGCGCGAUCUCUACAAGCAUGAGUGUUACGGUUCCAAAAAGAAAGAGUCUUGCCACAUACUUGCAGAAUUUUAUGCUUCAAUUGAAAUGGAUAUAGAUAAAGCAAAGGAACUCUAUGAACACACCUGUAAAGAGCUUAAUUUUAAUGAAAGUUGCCUGGCUUUAGGAAACCUCUAUCUGACCAACAAAAAAUUCAAAGAUCCUGAGAAAGCAAUGAGCUUAUUCCAAGAAGGUUGUGAGAAGAAAUCUCCAGGAGCUUGCAAUAAUGCAGGACUCCUGUAUCAAAAAGGAGUAAAAGGAUCGACAAUAGAAAAGGAUUUGCCAAAGGCUAUAGAACUUUUUACCAAGGCCUGUAACUAUGGACAUAGGAACGGUUGCUUCAAUUUGAGUGCAAUUUAUCUCACUGGAAAAGAUGGAAUCCCAAAAGACAUGAAAAAAGCUUUUGAACUAUCCUUAAAAAGCUGUGAGAUGUCACACCCAUGGGGAUGUAUCAAUGUCAGUCGAAUGUAUGCUUUGGGUGAUGGGGUGGAGAAGAAUCCCCAAGAAGCAGAGAAAUUUAAAAGACUUGCAAAAUUAUACUCUGGACAAGACUAGGGUUUUCUUAAAAAAAUUUAUCGCUGGUGAGAGUGCACCAAACCUGGAAUUUCUCCUUUACAUUAUUACAUUUAUCAAAAACAUCUUGGAUGGUAUUUAAAACAUUGAAUAAAAAGAUAAAUUAUUGGA